AUGGCAGAAGGAAAUCCACCAAACAGACAUGUCACUAGUUUUGACCAAUUACUUAGUGUUAUUGAAAAUAAACCUCCUUCAUUUAAAAAUCCAAAAUUGUGGACAACUCAAUUGGUUGAUUUUGUCGCACAAUGUCUUGUUAUUGAUUAUAAUCAAAGACCAGAUGCUGUAACAUUAUUAUGGCAUCCUUUUAUUGUAGCACAAUCCCCUCCACCUGCACAACCAUUAUUAAACUUAAUUAAACAGGUUGCUAAUUAA